AUGGGAACUUUAAAGCAAAGCAACAUAACAGAAGACCUGGUCUUAAGAGGAUGGCAUUCAAAAAGUAUUACCCAACCAAUUCUGAAUCCUGGCUCCAGUAGUCUUAUGAUGGACAGUACCAAGAUACUUGGAGUCCAAGUCAUCCUCAUUGCUGCUUACUCUUUGAUUAUACUUCUUGGUCUAAUUGGCAACUCCCUGGUUAUUUACAUGAUCGUGAAAUACAAAAACAUGAGGACUGUUACUAACCUUUUCAUUGCCAAUCUAGCAGUUGCCGAUCUUAUGGUAGACAGCCUCUGUUUGCCAUUUACUCUAGUCUACACACUACAAGACGAGUGGAAAUUUGGAUUGGUCUUAUGCCAUUUGUUUCCUUACGCUCAGGCUAUGAGUGUCAAUGUCUCCACACUUACCUUAAUAGUAAUUGCCUUAGAUAGAUAUUGGUGUAUUGUCUUCCACCUAAACAGCCGGAUCUCUAAGAAUUUCAGUGUUUUAAUUAUAACAGUUACUUGGUUGGCAGCUGCCAUCUUUGCUAUUCCAUUGGCUGUUUUUCGAGAAUAUAGGUAUGAGGACUUGCCAUCCAUCAAUUUAAAGAUUGCAGUAUGCACUGAAAAGUGGCCCUCAAACAACAGUAGGGAUGCAAUUAUUUAUAGUUUAUCCAUGCUUGUUCUUCAGUAUGUUUUGCCCCUUGCUGUCAUCUGUUAUGCCUAUGUCAGAAUUUGGUUGAAGCUGAAGAAUCACAUCAGCCCAACACCCAGAAGUGACAACCACCAGAGAAGAAGGAACACUACCAAGAUGCUGGUAAUGAUGGUGGUCGUGUUUGCAGUUUGCUGGCUUCCAUUUCAUGUCUUCCAGUUGGCAAUUGACCUGGAUUGGGCAUUGGUCUUUCAUGAAUAUAAGCUUCUUUACACUAUUUUUCACGUGAUUGCAAUGUGCUCAACGUUUGCCAAUCCUUUGCUUUACGGUUGGAUGAAUAAAAACUACAGGAAUGGAUUCCUAAUGGUUUUUGGUUGUAAGAACAAACUGAAGAACUGCCAAGCCGAGGGAUCACUCCGAGGACAUUCCUAUACUUUCCGCGCUACAACGUUUCAUGGAAGCUUCCGCAAUGCUGGUGAAAAUGGACAGCCACCCACAGAGGUCUAACUGUAACAAGAGGCCAUGGUUUUUUUUUUUUGCUGUUUUGUGACUGUACUUAAUAAAUGAGAGACGUAUGUUCUUUAAGAAGUUAUGAAUGUUUUUUAAGAAAGUGGUACGUGACAAAGUAUUGUUUUGAUAGACAAA